CUGCAAAACACCCCACAGCUAGCUAGGGGAGAGCCAGUGAGGAGGAAUCCAACAACAACCUUAUCAGUCGGCACACAACACAAAAGGAGAGAGAGAGAGAGAGAGAUGGGGAGAAGCCCUUGUUGUUCAAAGGAGGGUUUGAAUAGAGGUGCUUGGACAGCUCAUGAAGACAAAAUCCUCAGAGAAUACAUUAGAGUCCAUGGUGAAGGAAGAUGGAGAAACCUUCCCAAAAGAGCAGGUUUGAAAAGAUGUGGAAAAAGUUGCAGACUUAGAUGGUUGAAUUAUCUCAGACCAGAUAUUAAGAGAGGCAAUAUAUCCCCAGAUGAAGAAGAGCUCAUCAUCAGGCUACACAAGCUCCUGGGAAACAGAUGGUCUUUAAUAGCUGGGAGGCUUCCAGGACGAACAGACAAUGAAAUAAAGAAUUAUUGGAACACCAAUUUAGGAAAAAAGGUGAAAGAUGGCCACCAAACCACUGCAAACAACACACAGAAUCCAAUGCCCCAUUUGGCCCCCAUUCAUAUGGCCACUUCCUCAAUCUCCCUAUCUCCUCCUAAACUAGAUUCUCGUGUUGUCCGUACAAAGGCUACCAAGUGCUCCAAGGUAUUAUUCCUAAACCCACCCCCUCACCCAUCAAUGCCGAACAAGUCCAAGACUGAGGCAGAGGCAGAAGCAAGGCUUGUGGAUGGUGUAAUUAGUAACCAAAUGGAACACACUACAUACGACAAUGGGUUCCUGUCGUUUCCAGACGAAGAAAAAGAACUCUCAACAGAUUUUCUCAUAGAUUUCAACGUGGGGGAUGUUUGCUUGUCUGAUCUACUCAACUCAGAUUUCUCAAACACGUACAAUUUCAGCUGCACUAAUGUUAACCACCACGAGCAGUUAUCGCCUUGUUCGGACCAACCUGAUGCCAUGUUCUCAGAUGAAGUUCUCAAGGACUGGACACACAGCAAUUUUGCAGACGAAGCGAAUGCUUCCAACAACCUUCAUUCUUUCAUUUCGUUUGAGUCUACUGAGGAAUGACUAGUGCAAUGAUAUAAUGACAACAAAAAUUGUACGUUUGUACUAAUGUCAAUAUGCCUUCUCCAAUAAAAUUCGCCAGUUAAGUCUCUUUAUUUUUUGAAAAA